UCACGCCACUAUCUUCAUCACGGAUCUCGGCUUCCUACCCUGGAGAGUUCUGUGCGUUGUAACAUCUCAUGUCCAUCCUAGUUCCAGCGAGUCAAUAUAAGUGUUUCAAUAAUGGUGGAAGGUAAACCUACUUGAAUCCUAGGGUCAGGAAAAUGGUUUUUAAAAGGUUGCUGCUCAGUACUGCGUUAAGCGGUCGAAUCGGCUUGACAGUGUCCUGCGGAUCCUCAGCAUUUAGCCAAGCACGGCCUAUUGUCGGCCUUGUUAGGGGAAGAUCUCCGAAUAGUCAUCCGCACCUCUCACCAUCGCGCUCUCGCUACCAAAUGCUCCGAAGACCAAGAUUUCCUAUUCUAGCGCUUCCAAUACCGAGGAUCCUUCGCGCUAUUCAGACUCGUGAUAGUCACCCCGCAUCUUUGACCAGGGGAUUUGCGGGGUCGGGGAUACCGGAGCCGAAGCGCACAGGGCACUCUGAAGUCGCAUCGACGCUGAAUGUUUAUUAUGCGGGGAAGACAAGCAUCUGAAUAGCGUCAAGAUCGACAGUUUGUUUCCCUGGAUUGGGGGAAUAUUUGUCUUCCCCAGCUUUUCGCUGGUCGCAACCCCUGUUCCUCGUACCAUUAGUUCAGGAGGACAUACGUCAGGUGUUGUUGAGCGUCUAAUUCAAGAUGAAAAC